AUGUCGCUGAAGCUUGCAAGUCUUGCGCGGCGGGCGGCCAACGGCCUCCUCGGGCCCGCGCGGGGGCAGCAGGCCCGGACAAUGGCCGGCGCUGCACAGUCGGAGUACGCGGUCACGUACAAGGGCGUGACGAUGUACCUGCCGCCCGCGAAGGACGUCUUCAUCGCGGACGCCAUGGGGAUCAUGUUGUGGUCGUGGAUCCUCGUCAUGCUGUACGAAAAGGGCAUGCACCACUACGGACCCAACCACUGGGACCACUACGGCCUCGACAUGGAGACGGACCAGCUGUACCACGUCUCCGAGGUCGACGAGAAGCGCGAGCUCGAGGAGGCCAAGUACCGCGACGGCGCGCUCGGGCCAGCCUACAGGGAGGGUCUGCUGGCGGGCGUGCAGCGCAACUACUACGCGUUCAAGAGCCUCGGGAACCCGUUCAAGGGCUGGGUGAACAAGCCUGGGCACGAGAAGGAGUCGAAGCCGGAGGUGUACGAGGCCCGGAAAUAG